CUGCAAAACACUUCACGUUUUAGUAGACCAGCUCCACAACAGCGAAAGCGAAAAGGGUCUUCAGCAGAGGGUGGAGCUAGAUAUAAUGAAGUUCAAAUAAAACCUCCAUCAGAAGGGCCAAUCCAGAGAUCGGAGUAUGCAAAGGUAUGUUUCUUCCUCACAAAGUUCUAA